GCUGCAUUGGUUCCGACACUGUGAUGACGACCGACAACCGGGGCCCCGUUCUCUUCGUGCUCAUUGAUGGCCUCGCAGACUGGUCCAUCGAGAUGGACAAGUACCUCCCUGGCGCCGGCGUGGCAACGCCACUGGCAGCGGCGCGAACGCCAGCCAUGGACGCGAUCGCGGCUGGCGGCUUGAGCGGCCUCAUGGACCCUGUCGAGCCCGGCCUCGCGUGCGGCAGCGACACGGCGCACAUGUCCAUCUUUGGCUACGACCCGCAAAACAACUACCGCGGGCGCGGUGCCUUCGAGGCGAUGGGCGCCGGCCUCGACAUGGAGCCUGGCGACGUCGCGUUCAAGUGCAACUUUGCGACGCUCGACCCGACGACGAACGUCGUGACGCUGCGCCGCGUCGACCGGGAUUUCCACGAGUGGGGCAAGGACCUCUGCGACUUUGUCAAUACCAUCGAAGACCCUUGCGGCGUGCCGGGCGUGCGCGUAGUCUGCAAGCACGCGACCGAGCACCGAUGCGGCGUCGUCUUCAAGGGGCCCAAACUCACGGACAACAUCACGGGCACGGACCCGCUCAAGGACAAUUUGCCGCUGCAGGUGUCUGUUCCCGCCGGUGCCAACGAGAACGCAGCCUUCUCCGCCACGUGCUUGAACAACGCUUCGAACGCGAUCCACAAAGCCUUGUCGGCGCACCCGAUCAACGUCGAUCGCGUCGCGCGGGGUUUGCCGCCUGCCAACCUCAUCUUGCUCCGCGGUCCCGGCGAGCGCAUCAGCGUGCCGUCGUUUGAAAAGAAGCACGGUCUUCGGGCCUUUAUGAUCGCGCCGACCUGCAUCAUUGCGGGGUUGGGCAAGUCGCUUGACAUGGACGUCGUGCCGGUCGAGGGCGCGACGGGCGACUACCACACCAAUUUGCACGCCAAGGCCGAGAAGGCGCUAACGCUCUUCGCGUCCGGCAACUACGACUUUGGUUUUGUGCACGUCAAGGCCGUGGACGACGCUGGCCACGAUCGCAACGUCGCGACCAAGCUCAAGUUUAUCGAGCGCGCGGAUGCCAUGAUUGCCCAGCUCCUGCAUGGCCUUGCGGCCGCGUCGCCCACCGCAACAAUCGUGCUGACAGGCGACCACACGACGCCGGUGCUGUACGGCGACCACACGUUCGAGCCUGUUCCGCUGACAAUCGGCCGGGUGCACGCGGCGGCGGCCCACCUGCGUGGCGAGCCACUCGUGCACGACGCGCGUCUCCAAGACACGGUCUCGGCCUUCUCCGAGGUCGCGGCGGCGGGCGGUGGCCUCGGGCGCUUUGCCGGCGACCAGGUCAUGGAGAUCGUCAAGCAGUUCCGAGCGCUCAACGUGCCGAGCGUGUAAUCCCGUACUAGUACAAAACGUUUGGGCUGCC